AUGCCCGCAUGCUGGUUGAGACGGUGUUUAUUGUGCUGCAUGUUCACUGCCUGUCAGUGUUCGGCCAACGUGCCAACGCGCCAUUACUUCAAGCAUUAUGACGGCCGCCAUCCUAUAUCAUACGGAGUUCAACUACCCAUGGGGCGAGCACCGUUUGCAUUUGCAGUGGCCAACUCCGAGGAUUUGACAAGUUAUUUGCUACGCGACUCGACUGGGCCAUUCAUGACUGGCCAAGCCGCAAGCUCGAGUUUGCAAGAGCUUUGGGGAUUUGAGGAAGACAGCAUUAACGAGCAGGACGAGAGCAUAUUGAAGGCGGAUUGGUAUGCUAGCAGCUUUUGGGGAGCUGAAAGUGUUCGAGUGUUUGUGCCCCGUACAGAUGAUUUUUUGCUUGCUCACGCAGCCCCGCUUCGAAUCCAAGCUUUCUUGGACGCUUUCCGGCAAGCCUCAUCCGCUUGCUGGGAGCGCCUUGUCGAAGCAUUAUCUGUACUUGAGAAGGAGGCAUCCGAAGACUCGGAGUUGCAUGAAAGUGUUAGUGUUUUCCGCCGUUGCUUGUUGGACAAAGUGCAGUUUGCCGGUGUGGAGGCACAAAUUUGGCAAGGUGGAGAUUUAACCAUGGACUCCCACACCGAUGGUGCGACGGCGCUGUUGCAUUUGGGGGUCACCCUCGGGGGAGCUCGCACCCUGCGGGUCAGCCAUUUUCGCGAGAGACACUCGCAAUACAGACCACAAGAAAGUCGCCGAAGAGGCAGGCGCUCUGGUGACGAAAUCAGCGUAUGGAACCCUCAAGCUUAUGACAGGGAAGAGCUGUGGGACAUUGAACAGACCAAAGGAUGCUUCUACCUCACAUCUCCUUUUUGCUUUGAGCACGGUGUGAAGUAUGAGAAGCACGAGUCAAGUCCAACUUUUGCCUUGCAGUGUCGUUUUGUUUUUGCAAACCUCUCUGCGGCAAAGCUCGUGAACGGCCAGCGGACGAACGCCAUGCGAGAGGUGGCCAACGUCAUCGCACACUCCCUUGCCGAAUCCAUCAACGCUUGCGAGCUCCAGCUCCCCACAGUCCAAGAGGUGUGCGCAGCGGCUGCACAAAUUUCUGUUGCCAAUCAGCUCCGCAAAGCCCGGAGCGCGUACACCCAGCGGCAUUUCCGUGCGAAGAAACGGAAAUCCAGCCAGGUGCGGGGCGGUGCCUGGGGUGCCAGUGCAGUGAGCGCAGCGAUGCUUGGCACUUGGCAUUUUAGCAAGCUUGGCACUCGCUUCGGAUUUCCUUCCCGCAGCGCUGGAAGAGCAAAAAAGGCUGUGCGUCCAGUGGUUACAACCAGCCGAGUCAGCAGAGAAUGCCCUUGCAGAGGGUUCGGGUUAGGUGGAGGAGGACGAAGAGGAAGAUGA